GUAUUCCAGCCCUUGUUUUCCCAUUUUCCAGAUAGAAUUCCUGCUCCUCUACGCUGCUGUUGCUCGUGGCAAGCAGGCUGCGUUGAACAGCAGAGAAGUGUCUCGCCUUUCAGACUAGCAUACGAUUUUUUCCACUGCCCCUGUUCUUGGAAUGCAACUAUUGGCUUUAUUUUUUCAUAAAUCUAUUGGUUAUACUUAAAUGGAACGUCCAUAGUAGUCUUCUGGCAAUGUUGUUGACCCUGUCGCUAUGGAUUGAAUUUCGUCUUUCUCAAACCGCUGAACAAUUUAAAAGGAUCAAAUCAGUCUUUCGCGUGAGUGCUUGAUUACCUACACGGACACCGGGCGAGCCAACCAACGUUACCUAACUUGAUGUUUCGUUUGGUCUGUUCAGGAAAAAAACUGGUCCCGAAUGUCUUCACGUAUUGCAAAGGUUAUACUCGAAAAUUUAAUUCGGCUUGUUAUCUAGGGAAAGGCGUGUGUUAGGGACUUCGGCGAUAAAACGGAUUUUCUUCGAGGGAUUUUCUGCGAAGAUUAUUUUUUUAAAAAGUGAUGGCCGAGCGGGGAGCAGAAUUGCUGCUCUCUCUCAUCUGUCUCACCUUUCUACACCCGCUUACCAUGGCUGUACAUCUCGACAAAGGAGAGUCAGCGGUGCCUCAAUUCAUCUCAUUUGGCUUUUCUGUGGAGCCGAUGGACCUCGUGGUGGUACGGGGUGGACCAGCCUUGCUAAAUUGCUCAGUGGACAGCCCAGAACCUGCUCGCAUAGAGUGGAAGAAAGAUGGUAGCUACCUGAGUCUGCAGGCAGACGAACGACGACUCCUCCUGGAGAAUGGCUCAUUGUUCAUCUCCUCAGUGGUCCACUCGAAACAUAACAAGCCUGAUGAGGGUGUUUACCAAUGUGUGGCAUUCAUCCAUAACCUUGGCACUAUAAGCAGCAAGACGGCACGGCUCGGCGUAGCAGGUAUACCCAGGUUCUCCAGUCAACCUGAAGCAGGCCUCGUGAGACAUGGUGACAACCAUGUGUUCCUGUGCGACAUAAAUCAGGACCUUGUGGCUUUUUCGCGCUGGGAACUCAACAAGGAGCCUCUGGUGCUGGACCAGAGGGUGUUUCAGCUUCCCAGUGGGGCACUGGUUGUCAGUAAUGCUUCUGACUCCGACGCUGGCCUGUACCGCUGUGUGGUUGAAACAGGUGGCGCAGCGAAAUACAGUGAAGAGGCGGAGCUUAAAGUCAUAUCUGAAACUGCAGAAAGGAGAAAACUGGAAUUCUUGAGGGUCCCCUCAGCCAUGUCCAGAGUGCUGGGGGAGAGCGUGCUUCUGCCCUGUGUGGUGACGGGCUAUCCUGCUCCCUAUGUUCGAUGGAUGUUUAAUGACCAGCUCAUCGAGGAGAGUGAAGGACGUUUUGAGAUUGUUGGUGGGGGAAGUCUGUAUGUUCUCAACCUAACUGAAGAGGAUGCUGGGACAUUCAGCUGCCUUGCAGACAAUAGGAAUGACUCCAUAGAGGCCCAGGUUGAACUUACAAUUCAAGUUCCUCCCCAGUUCCUCAAAAAGCCAGUGAGCACCUAUGCUCAUGAAUCAAUGGAUAUCAUCUUUGAUUGUGAGGUCACAGGCUCGCCUGCUCCCACUGUUAGAUGGGUCAAGAAUGGAGAUACGGUCAUCCCCAGUGACUACUUCAAAGUCAUUAAGGAGCACAAUCUCCAGGUUCUUGGAUUGGUGAAAUCCGACGAAGGCUUCUACCAGUGUAUGGCUGAGAAUGAUGCUGGCAAUGUACAGGCCAGUGCCCAGCUCAUUAUCCUGGAUCAUGAUGUGUCCCUGCCCUCCCCCUCAUCCCCCUCACUGACCAGUGCCACUACUGAACAUGUAACACCAGGCUCUGGUGGCACCAGCGGACCUACGCCCUCUGCCCCACGUGAUGUUGUGGCCUCGCUCGUCUCCACCCGCUUCAUUAAGAUGUCUUGGAGGCAGCCAGCUGAGACCCAUGGGGAGGAUGUCGUCUACUCUGUCUACUACAGCCUGGAGGGUGUGAACAGGGAACGCAUAGUGAACACCAGUCAGCCUGGAGAGAUGCAGGUCACCAUCCAGGACCUCCUGCCUGAUUGCAAGUACACCUUCCGGGUGGUUGCACACAAUAAUAAUGGUGUGGGAGAGAGUUCCACUGCCCUGACGGUUUCCACACAGCCUGAAGUUCAGGUACCUGGACCAGGUCCCAAUCUUCAGUCUGUGGCCACAUCCCCUACCUCAAUCACUGUGAGCUGGGAAACCCCUCUCACCGGCAAUGGAGAGAUCCAGACCUACAAGCUCUACUACACCGCCAAGGGCCAAGACACAGAGCAGGAAAUCGAUGUUAGAGGUCUCUCCUACACCGUCAAUGGGCUUAAAAAAUUUACAGAGUACAGCUUCCGGGUGGUGGCUUACAACAAGCAUGGACCAGGAGUCUCCACAGAUGAUGUGAUGGCCCAAACCUUUUCUGCUGUACCAAGUGCCCCACCACAGAAUGUGACGGUAGAGGUUCUGAACUCAAAGAGUAUCAUGGUGCGAUGGCAUCCGCCCCCAGCAGAUGAUCAGAAUGGGGAGAUUACUGCAUAUAAAAUCCGUUACCGCAAGGGUGCCCGCAAGAGUGAGGCUUCAGAAAUUGUUGCAGGGACACAGCUCCACAAACUCCUUGACAAUUUGCAGCGUGGAACGGAGUAUUCAGUACGAGUCACUGCAAUGACGUUGAAUGGGUCCGGUCCAGCCUCAGAUUGGGUUACCUCUGAAACCUUUGAGAGUGACCUUGAUGAGUCAAGAGUUCCAGACAUUCCCAGCUCCUUGCAUGUGCGGCCUUUGGUCAACGGCAUAGUGGUGAGCUGGACUCCCCCAGAGAACCAGGACAUCGUGGUCAGGGGUUACACUAUUGGCUAUGGCAUCGGCAGCCCACAUGCCCAGACUAUAAAAGUGGACUACAAACAGCGCUACUACAGCAUUGAGAACCUAGAUCCCAGUUCGAAUUAUGUGAUCACUUUGAAGGCUUUCAAUAAUGUUGGGGAGGGCAUUCCUGUCUACGAGAGCGCCACCACCAGGCCACAGUCAGACCCCAUAGACCCUGAUGUUGAUAUGUUUGAAUUGUUCCAUGCUCCAUACACUCCAGUCCCAGACCCUACUCCCAUGCUGCCCCCUGUGGGAGUGCAGGCCUCCGUGCUCAGCCAUGACACCAUCAAGGUGACCUGGGCCGACAACUCACUGCCCAAAAACCAGAAGAUCACCGAUGCCCGUUAUUAUACAGUGCGCUGGAAGACCAACAUACCAGCCAACACCAAGUUUAAGAUGGCCAACACUACAACCUUGACUCAUAUGGUUUCUGGACUGAAGCCCAACACACUAUAUGAGUUUUCCGUCAUGGUUACCAAAGGCCGGAGGAGCAGUACCUGGAGUAUGACUGCCCAUGGCACAACAUUUGAAACCAUUCCCAGCUCUUCACCUAAAGAUGUGACCGUCGUAAGCAAGGAGGGCCGGCCAAGGACCAUCAUAGUAAACUGGCAGCCUCCUUCGGAAGCCAAUGGAAAAAUCACGGGGUACAUAAUCUACUACAGCACAGAUGUCAAUGCAGAGGUGCACGACUGGGUCAUUGAGCCUGUAGUGGGCAACAGACUAACUCAUCAGAUCCAAGACCUCACACUGGAUACCAUAUACUUCUUCAAGAUUCAGGCUCGCAACUCCAAGGGCAUGGGCCCCAUGUCAGAGGCUGUACAAUUCCGUACACCCAAAGCUGAAUCCUCAGACAAAAUGGCUAAUGACCAAGCUUCUGGCCUCCCGAACAAACCUGGUGGGCGACUUCCAGUUCCAGAAGGAAAUGUUAUUGGAAAGACAGGCUUGUCUGGUGCUAGUGAUAACCAUAUCCUGGUAAUCAUCAUCAUAAUCUCCGUGGGGGCCUUUACCAUCAUAGUGGUGGUGGUUGGGGCAUUUCUGUGCACUCGACGUUCCACCUCUCAGCAGAAGAAGAAACGAGCUGCAUGUAAGUCCACCAAUGGCUCGCACAAGUACAAAGGCAACUCCAAGGACCUAAAGCCACCAGAUCUAUGGAUACACCAUGAGCGGCUAGAGCUGAAGCCUAUGGACAAGUCUCCUGACCCCAACCCAGUCAUGACCGACACCCCUAUCCCACGCACGUCGCAGGAUAUCACACCUGUAGACAGUACCUUGGACAAUCCAGUACUUCAGAGACGCAAUUCCUACCGUGGCAAUGAGUCAGAGGACAACAUGUCUACAUUGGCAGGCCGUCGGGGAAUGAGGCCUAAAAUGAUGAUGCCCUUUGACACUCAGCCUCCUCAGCCUGUGAUCAGUGCUCACCCCAUCCAUUCCCUUGAUAACCAUUAUCACCAUUAUCACCUGGGUAGCCUGGCCUCACCCACUCAUGGCCACCUGCACCACCAACACAGCCCUCGGUCCAUCACCACCCCCAUCUCCCAUCUAGACGGGGCCCAUUCCACAGAGUCUGUGAGCCGCAGCAUCGCCAGUGCGGAUCUGCUCCCUGCUGCCUCUGCACAACCUGCCUACUCAGUGGAGCCCUCUGAGGCGGACGUCAGCUACCACAGUUCAGCUGCUGAGGAUGAGCCAAGCACAUACCCACCCACUGCCCACGUGCGACCAACGCACCCGCUCAAGAGUUUUGCUGUGCCUGCCAUCACUCCGCACAACUCCAGCUUUGAAUCGCCAGCCUUGCCCAGCACCCCUCUACUUGCUCAAACAGGGCCUCAUUCGGUCAAGACAGCUUCCAUCGGCACGCUAGGUAGAACACGAAACCCCAUGGUUGUUACAGUGCCCAGCGCCCCAGAUGUGCCGGAGAGCAGCAUGAUGUUGGAGGAUUCAGAAAAUAGCUACAAGGCAGAUGUGCUGACAGAGGAGAUGGCCCAUCUGGAGGGUCUGAUGAAAGACCUAAAUGCCAUCACUACCACCUGAGCACAGCCCUUUUGCAACUCCAGUGAAGUCUCAUAAACCACCAGACUAAUAAAUAGGAUGACCUCUCAAAUGAACAUGAGAAUAUAAAAACACAAAAAAACUAAACGUUCUGGCUAACCUUGCUUAGUCUCAGGAAGGAGAUGGCCAUGUUAUCAACAGUUUGAUUUUUGGUUUUGCUUGGUUUUUUGUUGUUUUUUUUUUUACUAAAGGGGAAGGUGCCAACAUUCUCAGAGGACAAUAAUAUCAGUUCAAGCUAGAAGAUUUCAGUACUUUUUUCUUAUCCUCAGCAAGAAGUAUUUUUCUUCAAUUUGGUUGCCAUGGAGUCAGCUGUAAAAGACAAUUUUCUCAUCCUAGAAGAAAAAGGAAAAUGACAGCAUUUCAUUUUUCAUGUUGGUGCUUUGAACAUUCAAGUGAACAAGUGUUUUUCCAUGCAAUUUCGUAUGUAUAUUGCUCAUAUUCUCCAUGUUCAUGUCACAUAAACAUGUUUUAAUUCAUUUUGUAUGCAGCAUUUGAUUCAUGUCUUUUUUUUUUUUUUGGUAUGUUAUAUAUUGUGCCAUGUCUUAGUUAUUUUCUGAAAUGUUGUGUAUUGUUAUAUACAUAUUCCUAUAGAUUUGUAUAUAAGUUAAACCGCCUCAUUUUUGCUGUUACUCUUCCUUUCAUCAUUGUGUAUGUAUUCACACUCCAGUUGGCUCCACUUGGGAUGUGCUGUGUUUUUUCAAUGUGUGUUCCCACACCCUCCCACCAUGAUGCAUCGUAUACCUUUUCUGUGUGACCCUUUUCAAAGAUUGCCUUAUUAUUUUUCUUAUACUUCAAACGUUUUUGUAUCAAGUUGUCAUAGGACAUAUGAUGUUCUUUCAUAAUGAGGUACUACAUAAUACUGUGACUCCUGAUGAUUUUAGUUCGGAAUUCCCACAAUGCUGUCUAAUGUGUCAACCACACAGACUUUAUACUUAAAGGUGUGGUGGUUGCAAAACCUAUAGGAACCAUUUCUUCCUGUAGACUAACUGACAGUCAGGCAUACAUGAGAGCUGAUUACUCAGAACUUGUUGAGGCAGCCAGUCUACCAAUCAAUCCUACCUUCUGCCUGUUCCAUGUAAGUGUAGGUGGAGAGUAGAAAUGUAGAGAUUUCAUUUUCUCAACAACUGAAAAUAUUGUGCACUGUCUGAGAUUCUCCCCACUCACAUUAUCAAAAUGAAGUUCUUUUAGUCUGCAUCAGUGCACUUUUGGAGUACACAGAAAAGAACAAAAGUGUGAAUAAUAUCGGUCUUUUAAACAAGAGUCCUAAUUUAGCUUUUUUAAACAUGCCAUUUUAUAUGAAGAAAAGACUGUGUUCUUGUAUUAAAACAAUUCUGUGUGAAUGGGAGAAAACAUUAUGUUCCCUUGGGACAGUGGUUUUUACAUAACCUGUUACCCAAAGAAGAAAUGUCAUCACAAUCAUUAUUUUGUUCUACUUUUUCAUGUCUCAUGUACAACUUAUUGAAUGUCAAGGUGAUUGUAACAAGGUGGGGUUCAAGGAACAUAUAUUAAUGUCCAGCCAGGGCGGGGGGGGGUGGUGGGGGGUAGGUCAAAAAGGAAAAAAAAAACCCAUGUGGGGUAGCCUGUUGAGUUGUAGAUGGUCAUACUCUUAUUGCACUUUUUCAGAUUUUUCAAAAAAAGAAACCAUUUCUUACAUAUCCUGUUUGGAAUGAAUUAGCUCUAUUUGUGAAAUGUAGUGUCAUAGGUUAGCUGUUGGCAGUUGGUGUUGUUUCUUUGUAUAUUUGCCUCUGAAAUGGAAUUUAGCAACAACUUCACACAUGUUGCAGCUGAGGAAUUCUAUGCUUAUUUCUGUACAAAAUCUCCUUUGCUGUCUGUAGAAUGUACUGUGGGAUUUUUAAGCACAGAAAAAAAUCUGAAAACAGUACAAAGUAGUUUGUUUGCUUGGUCUUGCAAAACAUCCCAAACACAACUAUGUCAUCAUAUGCCAUCAUGAAGUCACCUAUAUGUAUGUCGCUUUGGGUUUAUAUGGUCCAUAUACCAAGUUUGUAUUUAGAAGGGUCAUCCUCCAAGGGUCAACCUCCCAAGUUGUUCAAACAAAGCCUGCAAAAAGCAAAAAAACAGUCUGUCUAGUGUUAUCAAUUGAAGGUCUUAAAGGUGCAGUCAUUGAUUAUUAUCCAUUACACUUUUCGCCGAAUUCAGGUAAAUUCUCCUCACGUUCCGCUAGCUGUCCACCAGUGUUUGUGCUUUAAAAAAAUGAAUAGCUUUGUAAAUAGGAAACAAAUAAAGUGUCUUGGACCAAGCUAUAGACUAUUUCAGCCAAUCAACACCUUGCUUCAGGAGCACUGAAUUGCAUGGGGUGUAAUUGAUAUCAACAACCGCUCAAAUAUCAACAACCUUUCGGCAGAGUCGAGGAUUGCACCUUUAAGACUGUACUGCUGGACUUUGGUACUAAAAGGUUGAGACUUGUGGAGCUCAUCACGCAUGGUGUUCUGGGGGGUUUGACCCUCCCAAAGAAGGUAAAAGUAACAGUCUGAGGGUGUCAAAACAUUUACACAUUGUGUACUUUUGUAAUGGCGUUGCAAUGUCUAGGUUCUGACAACAAAGUUGCACCCCCCUCCCCCCAUGCUCAAAUUAAAGCAUCGCUAUGGAAAUGUGAAAAGCACAAAAUACUGUUUGAUUUAACCUUGAAGUUGAAAGUGACCUUAAAGGAAUAGUCCACGAUUCUGGCGAAAGGUUGUUGAUGGGUUUAAUAAGUACGACCUCCAUCUACCCUAUGUCUGUUACUAAUACAAUGACGUGCACUGUUACAACUAUCUAGUACUGUUUUAUACCCGUGUCACAGAUGUAACAUGGGGUACUUGGACAAAAUUGUAAGCAGCUUAUUGUGUAAUUUUUCGCGACUUUCUGAUAGUAGUACUACAAUUCUUUUUCACAGAAAUU